AUGAUCGGGGGGAUCGGGGGAUUCGGGGGAUCAGAGCAAGUGUCGCACAGUAGUAUCGCAGUACUUUUGAGCGCGACGUGCGUGACAAUUGUGUUUUCGUGUGGUGUGUACGCGAGGAGAGUCACGCUUCGUUUUUUCACGCGAUACCGAUAAAACGCACGUGAAAAGAGCGAGAGAGAGAGAGAGAGACAAAGAAAGAGAAAAGCGGGGCUGGCAACGAGACGAUGUCCGGCAAUGAUCAUAUCGUCGCGAUAUGAAACUGGCGAUGCCUGACACGGCGACGCGCGGCUGCUCCUUAUCUGAAAUGUGUCGCUCUUAUCGCGGUAGGCGCAAGUACCAAUGCCCAGCGCGCGGAUAAACGCCUCUCUCGCCGCCAACUAAACGCCUUGACUAACCGACCGCAUAUCGCUUGCUACACAAAUUGCCGCUACCCUCGUAACUCCCGUAAUCCCGGCGUAAGUCCCCACGCUCCCCCGCUCCCAAACGUACAUAACGCCUGCCUAGUCUUCGAUCUAGACCUCGCUACGGAAGUCCCUCUCAAAGCUUUCGAUGUUUGACAGCUCCGGCCACGAAAGCGUGGAAGCUAACGCCGCGUGACUUGUUAUGCACUUCGAGACGGAGACGGCGCAGAGGCACUCAGCGUCCAGCAUGAACAAAUCCGUGGAGAAUCUAUUGAUAUCCAGCCACGAGGUGAUCAGCAGCAUCAAUUCCACUGGCCUAGGUGGCCAGGGUGCGACAACGAAUCUAGGUAGCACCGCCGAGAACCUGCAGGAGACAGCCGUCAGCUCCGGCCCCGAGCGCAACAGUCCCGUGUCCAGUCCCAACUUGUCCCCGCGUCCCAGUCCAAGAGCUCACUCCAGGCGAGAGUACUCCAGACUAAACUCCGAGUCUACCAUCAAAGACUCAUUCCGUGUAACUAACAAGUCGGACGAUCCCCUGUCACAGGACGUGAUAAGCAGAUCGUCCGACUCAGCUGAUCUUAAUAAGAGUUCCUCUCACGAGAAUAAAAAGGAGGCACGUAGUAGCGAUCGGAGUAAAAAGAAGUCCUCUUGGUAUAAUGUACUUUACCCGACAUAUAAAUCUCGCUCCGAGGAUUUUAAGCGGAUAUUUAAAGACGUGCCCGACGAUGAGAGGUUGGUGGUAGAUUAUUCGUGUGCUCUGCAGCGUGAGAUAUUGGUACACGGUAGACUUUAUGUGUCUCAAAACUAUGUGUGUUUUUAUGCUAAUAUAUUUAUGUGGGAGACGUUGGUCUCCCUACGUUGGAAAGACGUUACAUCUAUUACCAAAGAAAAAACUGCGCUUGUCAUUCCAAACGCUAUCCUGAUAUGCACCGUUACUGACAAGUUCUUCUUAACAUCGUUUGGAGCGAGAGAUAAAACAUAUGUGAUGUUAUUUCGUGUUUGGCAAAAUGCUCUUAUUGGCGAGCCGAUGAGUAUGGCUGAAAUGUGGCAACUUGUUCAUGCUUGCUAUGGUGAUGAAUUAGGCUUGACGUCCGAUGACGAAGAUUAUGUGCCGCCACUACCUGUGACAGAAGAUGAAAAGUUGUCAACUCGCCUUUCUGUAGAAUCCUUUUCCGAGAACGAAGUAGCUAUGGAAAACUCAACAUCUCCAACCAUGGAUUCUGUUCCCCCUGAGUCUGCUCCAGCUACUGAACUUCAGGUACAACCACCAGUUCCAUCAAUACCUAAAUCUGAACCAGUUCUUGAUCCAACGGAUUUAAGUGACACAACGGAAAGCGAGGCUGAGAAGCAUGGCUUGAAAAUGAACAUACGGAGCACCAUGGUCUGUACUUCCCUGCAUGAAGGUCGGCAAGUUAACAAAGCAACACUACCUAUCUACAUCGACCAGCUGUUCACUCUGCUCUUCACGAAUUCGAAAUUCUUCUUAGAUUUUCAUACCUCUCGCAAAACUAUUGAUUUAGUACAAUCUGCUUGGACGCAAAACAAUCAAACUGGUCAAAAGAUGAGAACCCUUUCGUACACAAUGACCUUAACCAACCCUCUUGGACCGAGAACCUGUCAUGUUACCGAAACGCAGGUGAUGUUACCAUGCAGUAGACCAGGUCAUCUUUAUUGUAUCGAUAUAGACAGCGUUAACGCGGGUAUUCCUUAUGCCGAUUCCUUCAGCGUUUCGACACACUAUUGCAUGAACAAUAUUUCCGAGAAUGAAACAAGUAUUUUGAUGUAUUCGCAAAUUAAGUAUAAAAAAAGUGUAUGGGGUUUUGUAAAAAGUGUGAUUGAAAAAAAUUGUUGGGCGGGCUUAGAAGAGUAUUCUAAUAGUUUAAUAAAAGCGUUGACACUGGAGUGCGAAGAGGGCAACGGAAGCGGAGGUAUAAAAAGGAAGACAAGAAAACGACGACGCGCGACGGGUGUAGGCGCCACAUUGCAGACACACGCUUCUGAGCACAUAUCUGCGAAUCACCAAAUUUCUCCCUCUAACUUGCCACACGCUCACACUGCUAAUACUAGACCAGAUACCAAUAUAAUUCUUAGCUCAAUGCUACUAGUUGCUGUACUGUGCUUAAUGGUGAUUAAUGGCUUAUUGUAUUAUAAAUUAUGGGGAUUAGAAGAAGCUGCUGCGUACACCAUUAUGGACUUACACGUACUCAAAAAUACACCAAAGACUGAAGAAGAUUGGAUUAAUCUUUUGCAACAACAGGAAAGUUUGCACAAUGUAGAGAUGAGGAAAUGGCAGAGGGUUUUGCACACAGCUGCACAAUUGCUUAGACAAACAGAAGAAUCUUUAACGGAACUACAAAUGAGCAUCCAUCCCACUGCAACGGAAAAGAUGUUCUCAGUAUUAAAACCGAACUUAAAAAGUCUCAAUACACAUACGGAACGGCGAAGCAAGUCGGAAAUGUAAAAAUAUAUGUAUUAAGUAAUUAAUAUCAAUAUAUUUUGUGUGUAAAAUAUGAAUUCAAAUGCCCCGAUAAAUAUCGGUACACGCAAAAAAAGCGUUUAGGAGCUAUUAAUUAUAUGUAUGUAUUCUUCCUGCCUUAUUAUUAUUUUAAGGUUCGCGAUUAUUCUCUAUGCUAUGUGUACAGAAUCAAUUAUAGGGCGUUAUGUUAAAGUUAAAAACUUGACAUUUCCUGUAUAGUUAUAUUGAAUGUGUAAACGCGCGCUUUCUAUUUAGGCAUUGUGAAAUAAUGUUAUGAAAAAUAAUAGAUAAUUUUUAGAACAA